ACAAAUUGACAUUAAUUCCAGACUACGAGUUUUGUAGACAUUUUUUUCUCAAUGUUCGACAUUUUUUUUCAAUAUCUUCAAAAUUAAUAACCCCGGGAGUUCAGUUCCAUCACAUGAAUCUUCUUAUGGUCACCAUCAAGCAUGGAGUCUCAGUCGCAAUUGCCUCGAAAACCCAAAGUGAUUCUGCCUGACGAUGAAUCGCAGCUUGAAGAAAAUUUCGAUGAUCUUAUGGGCCCCAGUAUGCAGGAAGCCAAUACCGAAUUGGGACUUGCCGAUCGGAAAGAGGCAAGCAAAAGUUUGGUGCAAAUAGUCGGCGACGAAGAAGCUCAGGAAGGGUUUUUCGAGGAGAAAACCGACAAGCAACCGGUUUUCGGGGAGAUUGCUGGAAUGACGGAAAUCAACAACGAGUAUGAAGACGAAAAAAGACCAAGUAUAUCGGCCCAAGAUAAAGAAGUGGCUUCUGAAGAUGCACCCAUGCAAACAGAUUCUUCGAUUACUGCAAGUAAAGCUGAAGAAGAUCGAAGCGCUGCAACAGAACCAGAGCAGUUGGAAGCGCAGAUUUCGAAGCACAGUAAAGAGGCAGAGCCGGAACAGCUGGAAACCCACCCAAGCCUGCUUCCGGAAAUAAUUGCAACUCAAUCUGUCGAGAGUGACACAAGAAGGAAAUUGGAAGAUGAAGACAAAGAAGAUGUCCGUUUCAGUACCACUAGCCACUCGAACAGUGCAAAAACAAUCAGGAGCUCAACUUCUCCAAGCUUUGAACCUGGGCCAUCCAGCCGUAGACGUAGAAGCAUCUACUACGAUUUAGAGAGUCGAAUUGAGAGCACAGAGCAGGAGAACCUGACUCAGUUUUUCUCCAUUGACACAGUGGACGACUUCGUUUUGGCGGACGACCAUGCAGAAUCCGUCGAAGAAGAAUCUCUUCCUACAAUCAUUGAAGAAGAAGCACCGGCUCUAGACCGCGACCUUUACUAUGCUCGAUAUAUGGAUUGCGGCACUAAACUUGAGAGUAAUCGAGUCAGGAACAACGUUCUUCAGAAAAUAGUGAUAAUGUACUUGAAGAGGCGAAAGGUAGAAAAUGUUUGCAAAGACUCCGAAGCCCCUCUGGAUCAGGUGCUUAAAUAUGGCCAAAAACUGGAUGCUUAUCAGCAACUGAUGCAGAUCAAUGAAACUCAGAGGCUAACUGUGGCUGCGCAAGUGGAAGAGCUUCGCUCCAAGCGUGCAACAGUAGACGAGGAAUUGAAGAGGAAUUUCCUUGCCAUGCAAAACCGGGAGUCAGCUAUUGGCCGCGGUCUGAUCUACGCGAAAACUGGCAACCAAAUUCCUGAUAAACUAAUUGAAAGGUUUUUGAGAAGACAGUCAGACCAGUUGCAGCAAGUUUCUACCAUGAGGCUGAAGUUCAUCAAGCUGAAGGGAAUGGUUGAAGAGAAGCUGGAUGCCAUCAACAAAUUGGAUAAUCUGGAAAACAAUCUUCACCUGGCUGAUUACGAACAAUUGAAAUCGGAUAAUCGCAGCUAUGCAGACAAAAUUGAAGAACGAGAUGAAGAAUUGGCCCGUCUUCGCAACAAAUGCCAAAACACCAUUCAAAUUCUGGCGCACAUGCGAGAGAAAUCGGCCGCUUUGGAGGCGGAUAUGGAUGAUUUAAAGGAUGACUUUUACUCGGCUGAUGAGACGGCUAGGGAUUAUAGGGAAAACUUGGCCGAUAUCAAACACGCCAAGGACAGAUACAGGCUGAUGGCCAGGAAUCUUAAGGAAGAAUCGGGACUUUUAACAAAAAAUGAUCUUCUCGACGACAUGGAGCGAUCGAAAAGCGAAGUGGGCGCUCUGGAAGCGGAGCUGGCAAAAUGCCAGGAGGACGUAAAGGUUAAAAAGACAGUUGUGAGGAAAUUGAGGAAAACUAUAGAAGAACUGACAGAGGAGAUGAAUGCACGAAAGCUAGAGAGGAUGAAGCGAGGAACGGUAUUGAGAGCCGAAGAAAGAAGGAAAAGCACAUCUGAAUCAACGCCAAGUGCUUCCAAAUGCCGAAUGGUUUAUAAAAAGCGACCGACUCUCUAUCUACCGGUUAUUCAGCAAGACGUGUUUAGGGACCUGGUGAAAAUUCGACCCACGCCCUCAGUUCUGAAUAGGAGAAAGUGACAGCAGUUAUUUAGGGAUGUAAAUAAAGCUACAGUAAACUGAAAAAA